AAUUACUUUAAAAUAUUUUCAAACUUAAAUGGAGUAACUAAUUGGACAAAAAAUGGAGGAAUACUCCCCUAUAGCGUAUCAUGAUUUACGCAAACUCGAUGAUUUACUGAGUCAAUGGCGGCUCCGUCGAAAAUCCGUCGAUUUGGACGGGAAUUUCUUUCAUUCAUUAGUACGACAAUUGGAAUUAAAAAUACCAAGCAAAGCAACAACAUUCGACGUUUUACGUGCUAAUUGCGUCAACUAUUUACGUAAAAACCUCGUCAUCAGUCGAAAACAGGGGGAAGCGUGGGAUAAUUUUAUUUCGGACAAAUCAAAAGAGGACUACUUGUCACACAUGAGCGCAGAUGGAAAUUGGGUCGAUCAAGUGAUGGUUCAGGCUGCUGCAAGCUAUCUUAAGUGCACCAUCACCAUAAUCACAACAGCUGGUAGUUCGGACGAAGACAGUGUCAUAUCCAUCCAUCCUAAAACUAUUGGGAGCGCAAACCCGAAAACGGGAGUGCUUACAUUAGGACACGUAGCAGAAAUUCACUACUUCAGCGCCGAACCUGAGGGAUCUGAUGAAUUCCCAACUGUGUACGGAAGAGAUGUGGACUCUAUAGAGGACGCCGUAAAAAUUUUCAGCGGGAAGCGAAAGCUCAAACCUGCUUUGAAAGGAGGGGGAAGACCCGGAUCUCGUCAUCGUAGAGAAACAAAGAAGGUACACAUGGAGGAUCCUAGCUUCAAAAGGCACAGAGAUUCAUUGGUCGACACCAGAGAAAGGAUUUCGUCAGAACAAGAACCUAAUUAUUCUGUCUAUGACGACACAGUAAUAGAACAAAAAGACGAGAGCCAGCAUAAGGAAGAAGAGGAGAGACCGCAUCCAGACGAAAAGAUGCAAAGGCCAAAACGCUGUGGCCGGUCACCAGCGAGACAUCGACGCCGAUACCAGGCCCUUAUGCCCGAGAACGAAAAAAAGAAAACAGAGCUCCCUCCUUGGGAUGAAUUUGAGGUGAUUCCCCCUGAAGAUCGCGGAAACCAGGAAGGGCCGUUGCUCCAUAUCGCCACCAAGAUUGCAAAAUACGUCAGCGCAGCAGUAUUUGGAGAUGCGUGUUGCUUGGAGCUCUGGCGAACAAGGGUUCAUUACUCGUAUUGACAAAUGCAUAUUCACAAAGUUACGCUGACGAGAGAUCCUGCCCAAAGACGAAACCCUUAGACACCACCAGUAUGGGGACAGCUGCACAGCCGUACUUACCUACGAUACCAAGCCAUGCUGAUGCUAAUGGUCUGCCUGUUAGUACCAGAAUUUUUUACCCUCGGAUACAGUCUAUAUCGGCUCAUAAUGAAGAAAGAAAAGGACAUGGAAUGGUCUGCUUUUGGAUGGGGAAUGAUUCCAGAGAUACUACAUGCUACCGGUUUGACAUUCCUAGUCGUGAAGGUCGUCCCGAAUAUCGACGCAACUUUGGCAAUUCUGAUGUUCUCAUUGGUAACGUUCGCGCCCUCAGCGAUUCAAGUCCACGCU